AUUAGGGUUUUCUCUGACUGCAAAGGGAGUCUAGGGUUUUGCUGCUUCAUCCUUCAGCCCCCGUCUCUGCGGUGAAUCUUCCCAGCUCUUCAACAUGACUAAGAGAACCAAGAAGGCGGGUAUUGUUGGGAAAUAUGGUACCCGUUAUGGUGCUAGUUUGCGAAAGCAGAUUAAGAAGAUGGAGGUUAGUCAGCAUAGCAAGUAUCUCUGUGAAUUCUGUGGCAAGUAUGCAGUAAAGAGGAAGGCUGUUGGAAUUUGGGGAUGCAAAGACUGUGGCAAAGUCAAGGCUGGUGGUGCUUACACGUUAAACACUGCUAGUGCUGUGACUGUCAGGAGCACCAUCAGAAGGUUGAGGGAGCAGACAGAGAGCUAGAUCGUGUUUUUUCUUUUGGAGAAUGCUGGAGAUCUUUUUGUUUACUUAUUCGAAUUUGAUAUGUCAAAUCAUUUUUAGAUGAAGAAAUUUCUGGAAUCCAAUAUGCAUUGUCACACUGUGUUUUAUCUUUAGAAUAUUCAACUGUUGUUUCUUUUAUAUUUCCCAGUUGAAGUAGCAUGUUGCACUUGUCAUACAUGUCUGUUUAGCUCAACCUUGGACGAGUAAGCCAUCACUAAAAUGAGUUUUCAUCAAUAUUAAGCACUAGUAACUUGCUUAUUCCUGUA